UUUAUACUGGAGCAAUAAAGCAAGGAUCCAGGCUCUCUUGUUGUUUCCACUCCACAUCCUGUCCAGCAGCUGCACUCGUCUCUCAAUUCUUCUCUCGAUUGUUUUCUUUCAUAUUUGCAGCCAAAAUGGCCACAGCUGGCAAGGUCAUUAAGUGCAGGGCAGCAGUGGCCUGGGAGCCCAGAAAGCCUUUGGUGAUCGAGGAGAUAGAGGUUGCCCCGCCCCAGGCCAACGAGGUCCGCAUCAAGAUUGUGGCGACCGCAGUGUGCCGUUCGGACCUGUACUACCUUUUGGAGAAUAUGCAUGAAGACGGCUACCCAACCAUCCUCGGCCAUGAGGCAGCUGGCAUCGUAGAGAGUGUCGGGCCUGGAGUCACCGAAUUUCUACCAGGAGACAAGGUGAUCCCUCUGUUCAUCUCCCAGUGUAGAGAAUGUCGCUUCUGUAAGAGUCCCAAGACCAACCAGUGUGAAAAAACAUGUUCCCUUGUCCGUCAGGAGGGGAUGCCAGCGCCAGACUCCAGGUUUACCUGUAAGGGGAAGAAGGUGCUGCCAUUUGUGGGAACCAGCACCUUCUCUGAAUACACUGUGGUGAACCAGAUCGCUGUGGCUAAGAUCGACCCCACUGCCCCUCUGGACAAAGUCUGUCUCCUUGGCUGUGGGAUUUGCACUGGAUAUGGAGCAGCAGUUAAUACUGCUAAAGUUGAACCGGGCUCCACCUGUGCUGUGUUUGGCCUUGGAGCUGUGGGUUUGGCUGCAGUCAUGGGCUGCAAGGCUGCAGGAGCCAAAAGGAUAUUUGCUGUUGACAUCAACCCAGACAAGUUUGAGAAGGCCAAGGUGUUCGGCGCGACCGACUUUGUGAACCCCAAGGAUCACGAUAAACCCGUCAGCCAAGUGCUGGCUGAGAUGACUAAUGGAGGAGUGGACUACUCCCUGGAAUGUAUCGGCAACGUGGACAUCAUGCGCAGUGCCUUGGAGUCCUGUAUUCCAGGCUGGGGUGUCAGUGUGAUUGUUGGCUGGACAGAUUUGAAAGAUUUUGCUGCCCGACCUGUUCAGCUCAUCGCUGGACGCACAUGGAAGGGCUCCCUGUUUGGAGGCUUUAAGAGUAAGGAUGGCGUGCCUCAGAUGGUUAAAGCUUACCUGGACAAGAAGGUGAAAGUGGACGAGUUCAUCACUCACAACAUGACUCUGGACCAGGUCAAUGACGCCAUUGAACUGAUGAAGCAAAGCAAAUGCAUCCGGACAGUCCUGAGUGUUUCUCCACAGUAAGACCACUCUGUUGCUUUCAGUGACGCCGAAGUAAUUCAGGAAUUCACCACAGAAUUUCAACAUAAUAUUCAUACAAAUAAUACAAUUCACAUAUUAAAUUUAUCUUUCAGUUUAUACAGUAUACAUGCCAGACAUUUUAACAGCCAUGUACAGUAUAUUAUGAGCUGUGAGCUGUAAACAUGUCAAGAGUGUUUAUGGAGCAAAAUAAAUGAAAUAAACAGAAGGGG